UCGUGGUUGCACGCGGGAAGCCAGUGCGAGAUGGCGGUCGACACACAGACCGUGUAGGACUCUCAUCAGAGAUAUCCGCCGCGUUGUUGGUUUAAAAACCUUCCUGCCUUAUCUCACAUCCCUUGCUUCUGACGUGAGCUCUAUGGAGGGGGGCAAACCGAACCUGGCCCUGGUCUACCAGGCGGUCCAAGCUCUGUACCACGACCCGGACCCGGCCGGGAAGGAGCGAGCCUCCGUGUGGCUCGGAGAGCUCCAGAGAUCGAUGUACGCGUGGGAGAUCUCGGAUCAGCUUCUGCAGCUCAAGCAGGACGUCGAGUCGUGUUAUUUUGCUGCUCAGACGAUGAAGAUGAAGAUCCAGACAUCCUUCUACGAGCUUCCACCUGAGACCCACAAUGCACUGCGAGAAUCGCUACUGACCCACAUCCAGAACCUCAAAGACCUGUCGCCCAUCAUCGUCACACAGCUGGCUUUAGCCAUCGCAGAUCUCGCUCUUCAGAUGGCCUCGUGGAAAGGAUGUGUUCACACGCUCAUAGAAAAGUACAACAAUGACAUCAGCUCGAUGUCCUUCCUCAUAGAGAUCCUCACCGUGCUGCCGGAGGAAGUUCAUAGUCGAUCUCUGCGAAUCGGAGCCAACCGAAGGACGGAAAUCAUCGAGGAUCUGGCGUAUUACUCCAGCACUGUCGUCACUUUGCUGACGUCGUGUGUGGAGAAGGCGGGUAGCGACGAGAAGAUGCUCAUCAAGGUCUUUCGCUGUUUGGGUAGCUGGUUCAACCUGGGGGUCCUCGACAGUAACUUCAUGGCCAGCAACCAGCUGCUCAUGGUCCUCUUCCAAGUCCUGCAGAGGGAUGAAACCUCCACCAACCUCCAUGAGGCGGCGUCGGACUGCGUGUGCUCGUCCCUCUACGCAAUAGAAAACGUAGAGACCAACAUGGGGUUGGCUCUACAGCUCUUACAGGGCGUCCUCACGCUGGAGACGGCGUAUCACAUGGCCGUGGCUCGAGAAGACCUCGACAAAGUGCUGAACUACUGCAGGAUCUUUACCGAACUCUGCGAGACAUUUUUAGAGACGACAGUCAGGAGUCCAGGCCAGGGUAUGGGAGACCUGAGGACACUGGAGCUGCUGCUGAUCUGUGCAGGACACCCGCAAUAUGAGGUCGUGGAGAUCUCCUUUAACUUCUGGUACCGUCUUGGAGAACAUCUGUAUAAAAUAAAUGAUGCAGCGCUUCACACCAUCUUCAGACCGUACAUCCAGAGACUUCUGCACUGUUUGGCACGACACUGUCAACUCGAUCCAGACCACGACGGAAUCCCAGAGGACACAGAUGAUUUUGGGGAGUUUAGGAUGAGAGUCUCUGACCUCGUUAAAGACGUCAUUUUUCUUGUUGGAUCCAUGGAGUGUUUCUCUCAGUUAUAUUCUACGUUAAAAGAAGGAAACCCUUCCUGGGAGGUGACGGAAGCUGUUCUAUUCAUCAUGGCUGCAAUCGCAAAAAGUGUAGAUCCAGACAACAACCCAACGCUGUCGGAGGUGUUGCAGCAGGUGGUUUUACUUCCGGAAACCGUCCAUAUGGCAGUUCGUUAUACGAGCAUCGAGCUGGUCGGGGAGAUGAGCGAGGUCGUGGACAGAAACCCAAGAUUCCUCGGUAAGCGUUCAUGAUUUAGUUUAAGAUUAGUGAGUGAGGUGUCAGCAGGCAUUCAGUGUCAGAAUAAAACGGUUCAAUGGCAGACUAAAACGGUCCAAUGGCAGUUCAAUGGCAGACUAAAACGGUCCAAUGGCAG